AUGGCAUCCUUUGUUACUGUCAGGGGGCAAGCAAUCUCAUUAGAAUCACAAACUGAAUCUUUGUUGUCGAAGUACUCUGAGUAUGCCCAAACUACAAGUUCAGAACCCACGUCUCACGAAAAGAGCCUUGACAACCGGUUGGAAACUGUUCUAAUUCAAAGACAAGAUGUGGUAGAUUCUUUGGCCAAGAUAUGUGACGAGACGCCUGGUAUCUCUUCAUCCAAAUCAUUACAAAUGCAACGGCACCGCGAAGUUUUGCAAGAGCAUUGGCAGCACUUUCGAAACCUACGAUCAUCGAUCCAACAAGAACGGAACAGGUUGAACCUACUAUUCAGCGUUAAAAAAGACAUUGCGCAACAAUCUGAGGAAAGUCCGGAUGCUUACAUCCAAGAUGAGACGCGCCGUAUAGAAGAGUCACAUAAUGUGGUCGACAGCCUGAUUUCGCAAGCAUGGCAAACACAAGAUCAAUUCACAUCGCAAAGAGCUCUACUCCAAUCGGCAAGCGAUAAGAUGCUACACAGCCUCCAAAGAGUGCCCGGUAUUAACCAAGUCAUUGCUAAGAUUAACACUAGGAGAAAGAAGAAUGCCGUAAUUUUAGCCGGCUUAAUUACUGUGUGUAUACUAUUCCUAUUUUUUACCUGGUAA